AACAGCAAUAAAGAAGGAUAAUCAAGGAUAACAUUUGGCCGCAACAAUGGAAUUAAAUCAAACCACCAGUUACGAGGAUGAGGAAUACUAUGAGGUUGGCACAGUGCCCAUGCUCAACCCCAACGCAGAGCCCUGCCUGCCCAUCGAAGCGAGAACCUUCGCUCGCUAUUUCGGCCCCGUGCUUUUCUCCCUGGUGUUUGUGGCGGGUCUGGUGGGCAACAGCUCCGUGCUGACUAUCUUGGGCGGACGUCACCGGUCCUGGCGCUUUGCCGACCACUACCUCUUCCAGUUGGCUGUGGCCGAUCUUCUCCUGGUCUUAACCAUCCCUUUCCAAGCUGCCCAGUUCGUCCACGGUUGGACCUUCGGAGAAUUCCUCUGCAAGCUGACCGAAGGUCUCUCCACCAUGAAUGUCUACACCAGCAUCCUUCUCCUGACCUACCUCAGCAUCGAGCGCUACUUCGUGGUGGUCAGAGGUGGACCGCCAGCCUUCUUCUUGAAGCUUUCUCACAUCUACCUAACUUCGGCCUUUUUCUGGAGCAUCGGCAUUGCCUUCUCCAUAGUGGAUUUCCGUUUCCAGAAGGUCACCUACGCCUCGGAAACCAUGACUCUCGUCUGCCAGCUGGACUUGGAGGUCCAAGAUGCCGACUCUUGGAAACUGGGGCUUCAAGUCUUCUUCUUCCUCCUGGGUUUUUGGUGGCCUAUCCUAGCAAUGUUCUCCUGCUACAUUUGGAUUUGCACCAAGUUGCGUCAGGCCGGAUUUCUGUGUAAGCAUCUGCCGCUAAGGCUCCUGUUGAUGAUUUGGAUCACCUUCAUCGCCUGUUGGGCCCCUUUCCAUUCCUUGAUGCUGGUGGACCUCUUUCAACGUCAGGGUCAUUUGAAGAGGCACUGUGGCUGGGAGAAGGUCUUGGAUUUUGGGCUGGUGAUCUCCAAGUGCUUAGCCCUGACUCACUGCUGCCUCAAUCCCUUGGUCUACGCUUUGGGAGGGGUGAAGUUCGAAAGGGAAUUUUCUAGAAUCUUCUGUAGGAGAGGCCAAACCGGGCGCUGUUUGGGCAACGAGGAAUUUACCCAAGGGACUGACUUCAGCUCCGUUCACGGCAUGGAUUAUUCCGUCAUGAUGUGAGAUGCGCAUGGUCCACCCCGCUACACGUAACCGGGAAAGAUCCAUGAAGGCUUCUCCUUACCGUUGUCCAACACGUAUAGGUAGUCCUCGACUUACGGCAGUUCACUUAGCGACCGUUCUAAGUUACGACCGUUUUUCACAGUUACGACCAUUGCAGAAUCCCCGUGAUCAAAAUUUAAACCUUUGGCAACGGACUCGCAUUUAUGACAGUGUCCUGGGGUCACGUGAUUAUCUUUAGCGACCUUCCGAGAGGCGAAAUCCAUGGGAAAGUCAGAUUCUCUGGACAACUCUAUCACUAACUAACUUAACAAGCGCAAUGAUUCACUUCGCAAACGCAGCCAGAAAGGUCGUAAAACGGGGCAAAAUUCACUGUGCAGCUGUCUCGCUUAGCAGCAGGAAUUUGGGGCUCAGUUUGCGGUCGUAAAUCAAGGACUUCCUGUAUUGAAAAAAAUUGGAAUGUUAAACGGAGGACCUUUCCCCAGAGCGGAAGGAUUCUUCUAGAUGUGCAACAGCUUUGAAAAUAAUAAUUACAAAACCUCGUUGCGUCUUGCUUCAGAUUUACAAGAAUUACAUCUUGGUGUAGUUGCAGAGUUCUGUUGUUUUUUGGUUUUUUUUUGCCAAGGCUGGCCUUCAUAGGCGAAUUUUACAUGUUUUUCUCCCUUUCGUCCUGCAACUCUCAGAAAUGAAUCAAAUUAGCUAGUUUGGUUUAAAGAACGAGGCUAGAAAGCGGGAGUUAUGAGUUCAAGUCCUGCCUUCAGUAUGAAAACCAGGUGGGUGGCUUUGAGCCAAUCACGAGCAGAUGGUGAGUUCUAGUUCCGCCUUAAGCAUGAAAGCCAGGUGGGUGACUUUGAGCCAAUCACCAGGAGAUAGUGAGUUCUAGUCCCACCUUAGGCAUAAAAGUCAGGUGGGUGACUUUGAGCCAAUCACCAGGAGAUGGUGAGUUCUAGUCCUGCCUUAGGCAUGAAAGCCAGUUGGGUGACUUGAGCCAGUCCCUCUCUCUUACCCCAACCCACCUCACAGGUUUGUUGUGGGAAAAAUACGAAGAGGAAAGUACGUUGGGUAUGUUCACUGCCUUGAGUCAUUUGAAAAAAUAAAAAAUGAAGACAGGAUAUAAAUAAACGAAUAAAUAAACUCUGAAGUGAA